AUGAUGCUUUGUGGGACCGCCUAUAGAUUUAAUUACGGAUCUGUGUUCGAGCAUUAUAUUAUACGAGCCGUUUUUCCUCUCUGUUAGCCUUAUUUUAUUGAUUUAAAUGCGUCUGUUUUUUCCCCGUUUGCUAAGAACAAAGACCUUUCUUUAUGAAAUAAAACCCUCUCUCGAGUCGCUCGUCAUCGGACCCGCGCGCUGAUUCUGGAGCCAGUGUUUUUGUUAGUGAGCGAUCCUGGGACGCGCGCUAGCUCUGUCGGCAUGUUCGGAUCCCCGUCUGCAGGAUUAUAACCACCGGAAAACAGCACUGCAGUCAAUAAAUUUGUGAGAGCUGAGAUUAAAAACGAUGAUGGACCAUUUAGCAACUACUAGUGGCACCCAGGGGCCCGUCAUGUGUGAAUCCUCUUAUCCUCCCUGUAAAAUGGCCCGUAUGGAGAAUUCAAGAGAUCUGCCUGUACCUGGAAUCACUCCUGUGAGCCUGACCUCCAAACAAACAUCAAUACACGCAAACAGGAGGAAAGGCAGUCUGAUCCCUGUGUUUUGUAUGGUGGAGCAGAGUGAUGUCCCACCCUCAGAGAGGAAGAGAUCGGAGCAUGCAGAAUUUGUGCUGUUGAAGAAAGACCUGCUGUUCAGCCAGAUUACAGAGGCUGCACUGCAAGAGCUGGGAUACACACACACCGCGGCGGCUCUGGCUACAGGUCAGGUUCAGGUUGGCCAUUGGAACCCUGUGUCCCUGUCCACUGUGACGGACACCUUUGACGCGACAGUAGGAGACAUGCUUCAAGAUCUUUACCAUGUCAUCACCUUAAGAAUAAAGCUACACAGUGUUUCUAAAUUAGAGGACUUGCCUGCUGAGCAAUGGACUCAUUCUACCGUCAGAAAUGCCCUGAAGGAACUGCUGAAAGAGAUGAAUCAGAGCACUCUGGCUAAAGAGUGUCCAUUAUCUCAGAGCAUGAUUUCAUCAGUAGUGAAUGGCACUUACUAUGCCAGCAUCUCUGCUGCGAGAUGUCAAGAGUUUGGACAGUGGUACAAACACUACAAGAGGGCAAAGUCUAUGAUGGGUGACAUGAGCAGACAUUGCAACCAACCAUCAUCCUCCAGCCAGCCCACCAUGUACCAGCAACCAAUGGAAGGCAGUGGGGCGGAGUCACAUGGCAUUGUCCAGAUGCAGGCUGGAAUGCCUGGUCUGGUGAUGGCUCAGCUCCUCUCACAGCAGCAUGCCAUGUCUCAGCUCCUCACACAUGCUCACACGCACCCACACGGGCCUCAUCCUGCACCACUAAAGACUCCUCCCAAAUGCAAUGUGUCCCCACCCACGGUAGCUCAAUGCCCCUCCCCUGUCACCGACGUGUCACCUGAAAUUUACCAUUGGGUGCGUGAUGAACUAAAGAGGGCGGGGGUUUCCCAAGCCGUGUUUGCACGAGUGGCCAUUAACAGGACUCAGGGCCUGCUAUCGGAGAUCUUGCGCAAGGAAGAAGACCCACGGUGUGCGUCUCAGUCUCUUUUAGUAAACCUCAGGGCCAUGCAGAGCUUCCUGCAACUGCCACAGAGCCAGAGAGACUCCAUUUAUCUGGAGGAAAGAGAGCGUAACCUCAACUCUACCUACAACACCAAUACAAGCUCACCUCUGCCCAUUCAGGCAAAACUUUCACCUGUUUCCAAGGACAUUGUAGUCAAAGUGGAAUGCGAUGAUUCUGGAAUUAACUACGGCAUCUAUGAUGAAAUACAGCAAGAAAUGAGACGGGCAAAAGUGUCGCAGGCCUUGUUUGCAAAAGUGUCUGCAGCCAAGAGUCAGGGCUGGCUGUGUGAGCUACUGCGCUGGAAGGAGGAGCCAUCGCCUCAGAAUCGUACACUGUGGGAAAAUCUGUCUCUGAUUCGCCAAUUCCUAAAUCUCAGCCAAUCAGAGCGAGAUGUUAUAUAUGACCAAGAGAGCAAUACGGGGCAGACAUUCUACUCAGAAAAACAUACAAGACCACUGACAGAACAACUACAAGUCAUGCCACAACACAUGGUGCCUCUGAAGCAGCACCAACAACUGCAUAAAAUCCCAACUCAGCAUCAUCAACACUUCCUCCAGCAGCAUCUCAUCACUGGAUGUCUCAAAGCCACUCACAUGGGCCCAAAUAUUGGAGGCAGGUCUUUACCACCAGAAGCCCAUGCAAUCCUGCAGAGUUUCAUUCAGGAAGUGGGACUACAUCCAGAUCAAGAGGCCAUUCAUACCCUGUCUGCUCAACUAGGAGUAGCCAAAGAGGCUGUUCUCAGCUUUUUCAAUGGUCACAACUGGCUUAGACAGGAAGAGCAGGACAACAGAGGAGAAAGAGAGAUUGAGGAAGGGGAAGUCGAUUACAUGGAGGCAGAGGAGGAAUGCAGGGAUACGAUGGAAAAUGAUGAGGAGACAAACACAAACACGAUGACAGGGAAACAAGACAGUGUGGUGGAGCAAAAUGCAUCUACACAAACUCGCUUUAUCAUUACUAUUAAAAAAGAGGAGGAGCUUCCAUGUAAGGAGGAGCGCGGUGAUAGUCCCGCCUACUGCCAAUUCAUAAACUCCUAAUAAAUGCAUACACUACCGUUCAAACGUUUGGGGCUAUUUUGUGUGAAUAAACUUAAUACUUAAAUUCAUCAAGGAUGCAUUAAACUGAUUAAAAGUGACAUUUAUAAUAUGACAAAAAAAUAUAUAA